AUGCCCACGGGAAUAUUUACCCUGAAGCAGAUCUUAGAGGUCACUAAAGUUCAUCCCUUCUACACCUCGAGGGUUCAAUAUCCGCCGAAUGAGAAGAUUCUCCAUGCCAUCCGCGAUGAAGCCAGUCCAGAGACAGGAACCCCUGCUCUCCCUUUGCAGCCUCUGCUCCACAAGAAAACUUUGUACCGAGAAAUCGCGCGGCUCAUGCAAGACUUGAGCCCAGAGAAUACCUAUCGGCGCAGCUCGUACCUAUCGAGCACGGGCGGAGGGUCCGGUGGCCUCCCGAUGAUGUUCGCGGUCGAUGGACAUGAAAACCGCCGACAACGAAUGCAAACGGGUAGGCUGCUUCAGCUUACCAGAGUUGUUGAUCCCGCAGACUGGGUGUUGUCUCUUCAUACCUCGGGCAAGUUCUACAGAUCCUUGGACCUGAUUACGGAAAUCAUGGAAAAUGCAGGCGCAACUCUCUUGAGCGCAGGCAAUUACAUGUCGCCGGCAAAGGUGACCGAGGCACUGGCCCAUUACCAUGUUAACGUUUUGACGGGUGAUCCCAGCCAGAUCAUCCAAGUGGUUCGGCACAUCUCCAGCUUGACGCCAGCGGCCCGGUCAAACAUCCAGCUCACCAAGAUUAUUUACACUUCGGAGUCGUUGACAGGUCCCCAGAUUGCGUUUAUCCGCACCGUGCUGGGAGACGUCCAGAUCUGCUCCGUUAUCGGCAGCGCAGAAGCUGGGCCUUGGGCUGUGGGUAAUCCGGCCCUCACUGGUCGGGGGAGUCUGACGGAUACCUCCAUGGACUUUGUCUUUGACACCAGAAAUGUCAUUAUCGAGAUCCUUCCGCUAACGGCCCUGGAUGAAGGGUGUCCUGCGUCUGCGUUACAUCCCCUUCCCCUGGGAGAGUCGGGAAUCAUCGUGCAGACUUCGCUCCAGCGUUUACGGAACCCAUUGGUGCGAUACAUCACAGGGGAUGUUGGAUCUCUCCAUCCAUUGCCUGCGUCGGCGAGUUCCAUCAUUCCCGAGGCAGAGCGGGCGUAUCUGCAAGUGCUACGCCUGACAGGUCGUGACCGCCGCUUCAGCUUCGACUGGUACGGGAACUAUUUGGAGUUUGACACUAUGAAGUCCUUGAUGCAAGCCGAUGAAUGUGGAAUUUUACACUGGCAAGUCGUGCUAGGCCAACCGAAUUCGCCAGUGACAACCCUGGAGGUCCGGGUCCUUCGCGCUCCUCCACGGGUAGGGAUUCUGUCGGAUGAGCAGUUCACCAAGCGAUUGCAUACUUUCUUUGACGUUUCGUCUGAAAAUGAGGCCCUGUUUAAACUGGUCUUCCUAAAGGACGUGGAUGGUUUUGAGCGCAGCUCCACUGGGCGAAAGAUUGUCAACUUUAUAGAUCGUGUACAUUAG